GGAGUUUGAUACACAACCAACUACUGACAAAUCACAGCCCAAGGUCAAGUUGCGAAACUGGAAGAUCCGAGAGAACUGGGUGAAGAUUAAUAUUGCAGCUCUCUUCAACUGGCUCAAGCUUUAUACAAGGGUGUAUCACGAUUAUAUCUGCAUUCAUUGUCUGCGAUGGAACCUGAUGAUGAUGAAAUACCCGUUCUCGUGGAACACUCGGAACAGGUAGAUUCGACCGUGGCACAUCGAGUGCCAUUGACAAUUAUCUGCGGCUUUCUUGGUGCAGGAAAGUCUACGCUACUAAAGAGAAUAUUGACAGAGCGACAUGGCUAUCGAAUAGCGGUCAUUAUGAAUGAAUUUGGCGAUACCGCAGAUAUCGAAGCAAAACGAAUCAACGUUUCUUCUGCUGAUGAUCCCACCGCCGAGAACUCCGAGGAAUUUCUAGAGCUGGCAAACGGCUGUUUAUGCUGUAGCGUGAAAGAUGCUGGUGUGGCAGCCAUUGAAAAGUUGAUGGAACGCAAAGGUGGAUUUGAUCAUAUUUUACUAGAGACCACCGGCCUUGCAGAUCCAGGCCCCAUUGCGUCUAUGUUCUGGCAGAAUGAAGAUUUUACUUCUGGUUUGGGUCGGGACAUCUGUCUCGAUGGAGUGCUAUGUGUUGUGGAUGCCGUCUUUGGUCGUCAGCAAAUGGAAGAAGAUCAUACAGUUGAUGGUGUUGGCGAAAGCCUCAGGCAGAUUGCUUGCGCCGACGUUGUUCUUUUGAACAAAGUGGAUCUAACUUCUGAAACAGAAGUCAACGAAGUCGAGGACCUUAUUCACAAGGUCAAUCCGUCCGUGCCCAUUCAUAGGACUGUCAAAGGAGAAAUUGAUCUGGCACACAUAAUGAAUAUCAACGCGUACACUGCGGGUUCUGCAUCCUCUAAGCGCGGCAACUUUAUUCACGAACACGCGCAAUGUGGCGAUAGUCACGACAGUCACGACAGUCACGACACCGACCAUUCUAACACACACUAUCAACUGCGGGGGAUAUCCAGUCUGCAAAUCUCAUGCCCAGUGUUUACCCCACUGUUAUUAGAGAAGUUUGACGAAUGGAUCCGAACUAUUCUCUGGGAAAAUCGCCUCAUGGGGGACGAUACAGGACGCGAAAUCAAGAUAAUGAGAUGCAAGGGUUUAUUUAUCAUGGAGUCCGGUGAACAAUACAUGUUGCAAGGGGUCCAAAACUUGUACGAUAUAACAAAAGUUGAUGAAGAGAUCACUGGUAUACCAGAUUCAGGAAAGUUGGUGUUAAUUGGUAAAGGGUUGGACUCGUUAUUGCAGCAAAGUUUGCAGAACGUAUUUCAUGCACAAAUAUCUUGAUUAUUGUUUUGGUGUCAUAUUUUGUCUGUAUGAAAGUUAGUAUCGCAAUCUAACAGAACUCCAAAAAAA